CACGGCCCCUACGGGAGAAACCAUCUCCUCCGGGGGGGGGGGGGCCGCGACCGGCUGCGCCGGAAGAGGAAGUUACGUGAAGGAAGUGGCAGGCAUUCUGGGUAGUGGUCUGUUUACUUCCUGCGGCUGUACUGUCGCGUCGGUGAGGAUGGCCCUGGAGACGGUGCCGAAGGAUCUGCGGCAUCUGCGGGCUUGUUUGCUGUGCUCAUUAGUCAAGACCAUAGACCAGUUUGAAUAUGACGGCUGUGACAAUUGCGAAGCGUACCUGCAAAUGAAGGGCAACAGAGAGAUGGUGUAUGACUGCACCAGCUCCUCAUUCGAUGGAUUGCUCUCCCGGGGCUAUGGCUUGCUCCGUGCCUGCUCUUCAGGCAGGCUCAGGCUGACUGAAUUUCCCUCUAGGAUCAUCGCGAUGAUGAGCCCAGAAGACAGCUGGGUCUCCAAGUGGCAGCGAGUCAGUAACUUUAAGCCAGGUGUAUAUGCUGUGUCAGUCACUGGUCGCCUGCCCCAAGGAAUUGUUCGGGAGCUGAAAAGUCGGGGAGUGGCCUACAAAUCCAGAGACACAGCAAUAAAGACCUAGCUAGGUGCAGCCCACGGUGUCUUCUCUUCUUCUGGCCCGUGCUUGUUUUCGUGGAACUAAACAGGCAGAACUCCAGAUGCUCCCUGCCCUCUGUCUCAGCAUCAGCAGACUCCCGUGAAAGCAACACAUCCGGCCCUUGAGUCAUUUCACUUUCUCUGAGGCCUGGUGAAGUGGGAGUGUCUGCUGGGUGGAGUCUCAGAGACUGAUGGAGGAGAGUAAGAGGCUGGUUCCUACCUUUGCCCAAGGCUCUGCCUUUGUCAGAUACCAAUAAAAUAAACUUUUGGGAUACACUUAAA